AUGGUUGAAGAUACUUCAAAACUGAACCCUUCAAAGUUGGGCACCAAAGAGUAUUGGGAUGAUUUCUACCAGUUAGAAACUGCAAAUUUCAAAGAAGACUCGGAGAAUGUUGGUGAAUGUUGGUUUGACGAUUCAGAUGCAGAAAAUAAGAUAAUCGAAUUCUUGUUCGACAGAAUAGAGGAUGGAUCCUCAGAGUUCUUCCACAGUAAUUCAAGAGUAUGUGACCUUGGGACUGGGAAUGGCCAUUUACUGUUUGAGUUGAGGAAGGAAGGAUUUAGAGGUGAUUUGGUGGGAUUGGAUUACUCAGAAGUUUCUGUGGAGUUUGCAAGGCAGAUUGCCCAAAAGCAUGCGGUGAAAGGAAUAACGUUCCAACAAUGUGAUAUAUUAGAUGAAAAAUCGUCCGUCUUAAAUGAUGAGAAUGACAAAUUUGACAUUCUCUUGGAUAAAGGGACAUUUGAUGCUAUUGCCCUUAGCUCGUCAACAUACAACGGAGGUAAAACUGGAAUUGAAAUUUACCCUUCUACAGUGAAAAAGCUACUCAAAAAGGGAGGAAUAUUGCUGGUAACUAGUUGCAAUUUUACUGAAUCUGAACUGAUAAAGCACAUCACGAAGAAUGAUGAGUUUGCAGAAGAAAAACAUAUCGAGUAUCCAAAGUUUGAAUUUGGUGGUAUCCAGGGUCAAACGAUAUGCAGUAUUUGUUUCAUCAAAAAUUGA